GCUGUUGGAUGUCAACUUUUUCCUGAGUGUAUGACGCUUUUCUUAUAAUUUGUUUAAAAAUACAUUUAUCAACAAAAUGGAAUACAAACUAAUUGAAUUCAUUAAAAAUAAUCCAUUGCUGUAUGAAAAACAAUAUCGUACAAUUAAGUACUUGGAUGAAAAGAAGGCGAAAUGGCAGGAAAUUGGACGAAUUUUGCGCAAAGAUCCGUCUACGGUCCGCCAAAAGUGGAAACAUUUGCGGGAUACUUAUUUGCGUUCCUACAAACAGAAAAUGAAAAAAGGUGAUGAUGGCGAUGUAUUAUCUACUAGAACCUGGCAAUAUUACAAUGCAAUGUCAUUUCUAAAUAAUCAAUUUGAUGACAAUGUUAUUUUCAAAACUGAAGAAAACUAUGACGAUGAAACGGAUGCUGCUAUCAGUAAUUUAAAUCAAACGGAUUCAGAGAUCCAUCAAUUUGAUGUUUCCAUCUACAAUGAACAGGAAUUGUCGAAUGAAGCCGAUUUUGAGAUUGAAAAUUUCGAUUUAAAUGACUAUGUCAAGAAAAUAGACAAUCCUACCACCAAUACCGCCAAUAAUUCCAACACAACAAAUACAGCUAAUACUACUACUACUAGUAGUAGCAACAAUAAUUUUGUUCACACUUACCGGCCAGAUACGGAAGCAAAUAAAAAGAAAAAAUAUGAUAAAGAGGCAUUGAUACAGGAAGCCUGUCAGGAAAUGACCAGCCUAUUACAAAAUGCCAAAAAACAUUUCACCCCACCCUCCUCGAAUCAAGUAUUCUUCAAUAGUUUAGCGCUACAAGUUGAAGAAGCCAAUUUGCCAGCUUUGACACAGAUGCGUCUGCAGCAAAGAAUUCUGGAGAUGGUUACGCUGGAAAUUGUUAAUCAUCAGCAGAAUAAUAUACAACAACUAUAACAUUUUUUAUUUAAGAUAUUCGUAUACAUUUAUAUUUUUUUUUAUUGAUUAACAUGUUUAUUAUAUAAAUAAUCUUUUAAUAAAUCUCGAUUAGCAAAA